GUUUGGUUUAAACACUAACUCUAUAAUUAUAUUUUAUUAUUUUAUUUAAAAUAAAGUUCGUAGAUUCUGAUUUCGUUCGAGAAAAGUGGAAAUGUCGAUUUUCAUUUUUUCAGAAAAUAUAGAAGCAAAAUUCAGUGAAUAGUGUCAUGAAGAAAAUAAUAGUAAUAUUUAUUGGAAUUAUCAUAGUGAACUGACGUCAAAUCACAUUUAAUGAAAAUGACCUACAACUACAAAAAGCUCUUCCAUGAAUCUGCGAUUUAUAUGAGAAACGAAGUUAAAAAUGAAGAUGUAUCAAUUUGCAUUGGUGCCACAAGAGCUGGGAAAAGUACACUAAUUAAUUACUUAAUUGACAACAAAUUAAAAUCUGUAAGACAUUCCAGAUUCACUCCUAUUUCAAUAGAAAAAGUAGACAAUCAAUCCGUAGGCCCUGAAAUAGGUCGAGGAGCAGCGUCAAAAACAACAAUCCCUACAAAAUGGGUGUCAAACGUACAUUCAAAUAUUAUUAUUUGGGAUGCUCCUGGUUUUGAUGACAAUAGAGGAACAGUACAAGAUAUCACUAAUGCCUUUUAUCUCUAUCAAUUGGUGCAAAAUGUUAAAUCUCUAAAAAUUAUUCUAGCUAUUGACAUCAAUGACAUUCUUCACGAUAAUAUCAAACCCUUUAUAUCAGUUUUAAAAGCUGUUGAAAAUCUAUUAGGAGAGAAAAUGAGAGACUUCUUCUCAAGUAUAACAGUAAUAUUAACAAAUCAAUUUUUAUCAAGUACUGACAUGGAAUUGUCUUAUAUUUCCAAAGAAUUUGUACAGCACUUAAUAAAACAUAAUCAACAAAUCGGUUUCUUUAAAAGACCAGAAAUUGUAGGUAAUAUUACCCAUACAGUCGAUGUUAAUAUUUUUCAAUCGUUCAACAAUUCUUUAAGCAUACCUAAAAAUAAUUUCCAACAAUUACGUCCAAGUAUUUCUGAAACUUCAACACUUUGUCUAUUUGGCAUUCGCGAAAAAUUGUAUUCAAAAUCAGGAUUUGAAGAAUUACAUAAUGGCAUAGAUAUUCUGAUUGAUAAAAAGGUGAUGGAUGCAGAGAAUUUAAAAUAUAAUAAUGUGAAAAAUGAACUGAAAUUAGUACAUGAAGAUUUAAGUAAAAUAGAAAAUUUAUUAUUUAAUGUUUCAUUUUUUGCAUAUGAUUUCUUUACACAAAUAGAAACUCUUGCAAUGACUAAUGUUGGCAUUAAAAAAAUCAUUAUAAUAAGAAUUAUUUAUUAGAAACUGUAAAAUUAAUUGAAUUCAUUGAUAAAUUGCUAAAUCUUAAGGAGAGCAAAAUAUUGUCUAAAGGAUUACAAAAAGUUCUAUCGAAUUCACAUUUAAAAGUAAAAGCAGCAAUUUCUUCUAUUCGCGAACAAUUUGGUGAAAUAACACAUCAAGAACGAGAAGAGUCAAUGAGAAAAGAACAAAGGGCAUAUUUGCAGCAACUAUUUGACUUAAAUAAUCAAAUAAAAUUGCUGGAAGAAGAGAAUAAACGUAAAAAAUCCGACUGGACCACUGCAUUAGAGUUAUCAUCCUUUGCUGUUGUAAUUGCACGUUUUAUAGGAUAAUUUAAAAAAUCUUAAUUAAGGUGAUUUGAUAAUCAUCUUAAUAUUCUUCUGAUCAAAUUUAUCUAUUUAUUAUUUAUUUAUUUUUUCCAUUAUAAUAAUAAUAUGUAAUAAAUAAAAGAAAGAAAUUUAUAUAAAUGUCUGACAAUUUCUU